CCCUCGCUCUCGACGUAUAAGUUAUAUAACAUAGUAGUGAACCACAAGACUAUACUAUAAGUCGGAAAAAAGUUUUUUCUUGUAAUUUGCUGCGAGUUUGUUAUCAUUACAUAAAACAACAUAAAAACUCUUUUGUAUUCGUGAAUAACAAAUAAGAUAAUGGAUUACAUUCAUAAGAAGCUGAAUGAACUGCGGAUAAAAGUCAAAUCCCAACCCACGACCACAAUCGUCAAGUCAGUCAACUCACGUGGCGAGACACCGACCCGUGGUUUGCACGAGAAUUACUCGGAUGACACUAAUGUGAUUAGCGAGGAGUUGGAUAUGAUUUCGUUGCCCUCGUGCUCAAAGUCCGAGGAAGAGGUCCAGAGUAAUGUCAGCUCUAAUGGCAGUACAGACAACAGCAUAUCAUCGCUAUUAGGCAAACAGACAUUAGUGAAGAGAUCGACUGAAUUCCGAUAUCAAGACGCCGUGAGAAGUGCCACGUAUUCCAAGAGUGAGUUUGUGUUGCAUUCCCUUCAGUGGCAUAAUAUCCUCCGUUCCCAUCACGGCGUGCCUCCACUCAUGCUGUCGCUAGACUUGUGCCAAAAGGCCCAGUUCUGGGCCAACCAUCUCUCACACACCGACACCUUCUACCACAUGAAUGACCCGCAAAUCGGCCAAAACUUGCUGUCAAAGUGGAGCUAUUACUCCGAGUUUGAUCCGUCAGCCGAAGAUAUCUGUAAAUAUUGGUAUAAUUUCAUCGAUUCCUACGACUACGAACUGAACGCCAAUUUACUGCACACUCAGGCCAACCAUUUCUCGCAAUUAAUUUGGAAAAACUCGAAAUACUUUGGCAUCGGAAAGGCUCGCACCAGGAAUGGUAAGAUGAUAGUAGUGGCCAACUAUAUGCCUGCGGGCAAUGUGUCGGAUCAGUUUGCGGACAAUGUGUUGCCGGCCGUGUUUGGCGAACUCGAGUCCAGACGAAACACGACCACAUCAUUGAUGACAAGUCGACGCAAAUUAAUCCUGAAAUCUGCAAACAAAUUGAAACGAAACAGACGUAUGAGUCCUAUCAGUACAAUCAGCACCGGCUCUAACAUCAAUUCCAGCCUUUAA